CAGGGCCGCGUCACCACCCGCUGCCAGGGAGGCUGGGACGAAGAGCCCAGCCAGCUUUCCUUGGUGGGCACCCUCAUCGAGGGCUGGUGGAGCCCCUUGCUCCCCACUCCCUGCUCCCAGCUGGCAGCCCCUCGUCCACUGGCCCCCACUGAGGGGGGUCCAGGACGGAGGGAAGACGAUAGUGGAGGUGGAAGCCAGAGUCCUCCCCAUGGCCCAUGAGGCCCCACACCGUCGGCCUCCACUCUGCAGUCUGACCACAUCCAGCGUGUUCCCGCCUCAGGACAUUUGUACUGGCUGUUCCUGCUGCCUGAGUGCUCUUCCUCCAGAUGCCCGUGUGGCCCCUGUGCCCUACCCCCUGAGGUCCCUGCUCGAGUGUCCCCCUCUCAAUGAGGCCCUCCUUGACCCCUUCAUGGGAAAUUCCGACUCCCCCUCCACUCUCCUGAUCCUGCCAUAUUUCUCUCCGCAGCCUACCAUCUGACUUGCCUUAUUUUCAGAUAUGUGUCAUUUACUUCCUGUCCCCUUGCCCCCAGAAUGUGAGCUCCGUAGGCAGGGCUGUUGGGGCUCUUCUGGGCCUGGGCCUGGGGGCGAUCAGCCCUCAGCGGACGGCCAUGACUGGCUGGGUGGCUGGGUGGCUGGGUGUGAUGGGUCCUUUGUGGGCAGAUAGGGGUUUGCUGGGGCUGGGCUGGGACAUGUGUCAGCCCCAGAGCCGGGGGGCUGGGGCCGCAUGCCUGCGGCGUCCUUGGAGGAAGGUGGCUCAGGGCGGGAGGCCUGCAGGGAGCCUUGGAGGGGGCGUGGGGGCCGUGCAGUGGGCAGCAAGAACUGGGUGGAGGUGGGGGGUGAUGUGGGGCGGCCAGUGGGCCACAAGGAGCCUGCCCUGGGCCGGAAGGCAACCCGGACUCUCCCUCCGUCGGCAGAACACAGCCCAGGGAGGUAUGGGGUAAACUGAGGCAGGGACAGGGUUUCCUGGAGCUGGUAGGUAAAGAUCCUGGCUGAAGGGUGAGUGGGAGCCAAGUGCGGGCUGGAAUGGGAGCACCUCUCAGCCCCUCUCCUGCUUUCUGCUUUCGGGUUUCAUUCCGGGGACGGGAAGGGACAGCUGUGCCAGCCACGUCCUCUGCUCCAGCCCGGCCCUGGGUUCUGGCGGAGUCAGUUCCCUCCACUGUCCACCUCGGGGGAGCAGCUCGAUGGAGAGCUGGCGAGGGCAGGCGAGGAAGAGUUACGCACACACACAUGCACGCGCGUACACACACGCACGGCUUUGUCACACAGAUGAGUAACCCGAAGCCCCAAGAGGAGACGUCACCUGCCCAAGGGCAUUUCUAGCACAGCCAGCAUCAAAUCAGGCCUGCUGGAGGAGCCGAGUCUGCGCCCUCGGGUGCCCCGAGCCUCGGAGCCAUGUUUGGGAAGAAGAAGAAGCGGGUGGAGAUCUCGGCGCCGUCCAACUUCGAGCACCGCGUGCACACGGGCUUCGACCAGCACGAGCAGAAGUUCACGGGGCUGCCCCGCCAGUGGCAGAGCCUCAUCGAGGAGUCGGCCCGCCGGCCCAAGCCCCUCGUCGACCCUGGCUGCAUCACCUCCAUCCAGCCCGGGGCCCCCAAGACCAUCGUGCGGGGCAGCAAAGGCGCCAAGGAUGGGGCCCUCACCCUGCUGCUUGAUGAGUUCGAGAACAUGUCGGUGACCCGCUCCAACUCCCUGCGGAGAGACAGCCCGCCGCCGCCCACCCGGGCCCGCCAGCAGAACGGGAUGCCCGUGGAGCAGGCCACCACAGCCGGAGGGGGCCCGGAAAAAGUGGGCCACGGCCGGGUGGCUGGGCGCAGCGAGGGGGGUGGCGGCAGUGGCGACAGGCGGCGGGUGGGGCCGGAGAAGAGGCCCAAGUCUUCCAGGGAGGGCUCAGGGGCGCCCCAGGAGUCUUCCCGGGACAAACGCCCCCUCUCCGGGCCCGACGUCAGCGCCCCCCAGCCUGCCGGUCUGGCCAGUGGGGCAAAAGUGGCAGCUGGCCGGCCCUUUAACACGUACCCGAGGGCUGACACGGACCACCCGUCCCGGGGCACCCAGGGGGACCCUCACAACCUGGCCCCCAAUGGGCCCUCAGCGGGGAGCCUGGCUGUCCCCCAGUCCUCCUCCCGGCCUCCCGCCCGAGCCCGCGGCCCCCCCAGCCCUGGGGUGCUGGGCCCCCACGCCUCCGAGCCCCAGCUGGCCCCCGCGGCCCGCACCCUCGCGGCCCCUGCCGCCGCCCCCGGCCCCCCCGGCCCCCGCUCGCCUCAGCGGGAACCCCAGCGAGUAUCCCACGAGCAGUUCCGGGCUGCCCUGCAGCUGGUGGUAGACCCUGGGGACCCUCGCUCCUACCUGGACAACUUCAUCAAGAUCGGCGAGGGCUCCACGGGCAUCGUGUGCAUCGCUACCGUGCGCAGCUCGGGCCGGCUGGUGGCCGUCAAGAAGAUGGACCUGCGCAAGCAGCAGAGGCGCGAGCUGCUCUUCAAUGAGGUGGUGAUCAUGCGGGACUACCAGCACGAGAACGUGGUGGAGAUGUACAACAGCUACCUGGUGGGCGACGAGCUCUGGGUGGUGAUGGAGUUCCUGGAGGGAGGCGCCCUCACCGACAUCGUCACCCACACCAGGAUGAACGAGGAGCAGAUCGCUGCCGUGUGCCUGGCUGUGCUGCAGGCCUUGUCUGUGCUCCACGCCCAGGGCGUCAUCCACCGGGACAUCAAGAGCGACUCCAUUCUGCUGACCCACGACGGCCGGGUGAAGCUGUCAGACUUCGGGUUCUGUGCCCAGGUGAGCAAGGAGGUGCCACGGAGAAAGUCACUGGUCGGCACGCCCUACUGGAUGGCCCCGGAGCUCAUCUCCCGCCUUCCCUACGGGCCAGAGGUGGACAUCUGGUCUCUGGGGGUGAUGGUGAUUGAGAUGGUGGACGGGGAGCCCCCCUACUUCAACGAGCCACCCCUCAAAGCCAUGAAGAUGAUUCGGGACAACCUGCCGCCCCGACUGAAGAACCUGCACAAGGUGUCGCCGUCUCUGAAGGGCUUCCUGGACCGCCUGCUGGUGCGCGACCCCGCGCAGCGGGCCACGGCAGCCGAGCUGCUGAAGCACCCGUUCCUGGCCAAAGCGGGCCCGCCCGCCAGCAUCGUGCCACUCAUGCGCCAGAACCGCACCAGAUGAGGCCGGCGCCCCGGCCUGAACCAAAGAGCCCCUGCGGGCCCCUGCCCCGCCGGAGGCCAGUGGGGGCACCGUCCUCCAGCCUGGGAGACACUCCGUGCGCCGCCCUCCUGCCAGGGGGAUGUGCCAGACCCUACUACUGAACUCCAGUUUGGAUUUUGUGACCUUUCAAAAAACACAGGGACUCGUGGGAGCAGUGAGGCUCCCAGGACCCCCCAUCCUGGGGACAGGCCCUCCCUGUUUCCUGUCCCCAGGAAGGCUGGGCGGCCCUCCCAUCACUGGAAGUCUGCAGUGGGAGCCGCUGGGGGUGCAGAGAACACUAUGAAAGAGGUGUGUGUGCCUGCACGCUGUGUGUGUGUGUGUGUGUGUGUGUGUGUGUGUGUGUGUGUGUGCGUGCGCGCGUGCCCACGUGCGGAAGGCCCAGCUCCUCUGUCCUGCGGCCUGCGUGGGCCUCUCUGAGACCUUGCCUGACAUACAGCCCCUCCCCCUGAGCCGGUGCAGGGGUCGAUCAUGAAUGUCUGAAGUGUGGCCUUCUCCCCCCUGCACCCCGCCCUGCGGCUGGCUGGGGAGGCAGGAGUUGGGGCUUCCCGCCCACCCCAGCCUCCGCGGAAAACGACUACUGCACCUGGACAGCCUCUUUUCUAGAAGUCUAUUUAUAUUGUCAUUUUAUAACACUAGCCCCCGCCCCCACCUGGGGACAGAUGGUCCCUGUCCUGUGGGGUGGCACCGGGACCAAACCACUGCUCGAAGAAUCAGGUUCCUGCACCCCCACCCCCCACCCCCGGUGCAGCCCCGCCUCCCCGCCCUCAAGUUAGUUUUACAAUUAAAACAUUUUCUUGUUUCG